UCCAAAAUUAAUUUUUUUUUCCUUAAUGAGCGCCGUCCAAAGAAAAACCUCAAGCCCUUUUAAUGCUUUUAAACUCCGUUGUCACUUUCUGCGAAAUUAGGGUUUCAAUUUCCCCACAAAAUUUGGGCUUGCAAAACUUUCUGGAUUCUGUCUUUAUUAUCGUUCUGGUGAUCGGGAGAGGCGAGAGUUAGAAAGAGCUGAUAGGGGAAGUAGAAAGCCUAGUGUUCCUUACCUAACUCCUUCAAGACUCAUCGACUUUUUGAAGUUUCGUUGUUUUAUUGGCUCGUUUACGAGAUAAGAGGAUCUGAUUCCACAGUUUAUAGUUCUGGUUGUUUUCCACAAAGGGUUCGGGCAAAAUUUCUUUGCUUAAAGGGUUAGAUGCCAUCUACAUAUUUUUCAAGAUUAAGAACUGCAGUACAGAAUGAAAUUUCAUGUUCGAUCACAGGGAAAGAGUGUAGGGCACACAUGCCCUGGAGCCUUGCAUAAGGUGUAACUGAUUAGCCAAUGCUUUAUGGUGGAAUAACUGACACUUAGCAAUGAGUUCUGAGAAUGAAAGGGACUGCUUUGCAUGGGCAGCUAGAGAUCCAUCUGGAGUUCUAUCACUGUACAAGUUCAAGCGCAGGACUGUUGGGGAAGAUGAUGUUUCCUUAAAAAUUACACAUUGUGGAAUCUGCUAUGCUGAUGUUAUUUGGACAAGGAAUAUGCAUGGAGAUUCAAAGUAUCCCUUGGUGCCAGGACAUGAGAUUGUUGGAAUUGUAAAAGAGAUUGGUUCCAAUGUGAGCCGCUUCAAGGCUGGUGACCGUGUUGGAGUAGGCACUUAUGUUAACUCAUGCAAAGAAUGUGAAUAUUGUAAUGACAGACAAGAAGUUAAUUGUGUAAAAGGGGCAGUUUUUACUUUUAAUGCCAUUGAUGUGGAUGGUACAAUCACAAAAGGAGGAUAUUCUAGCUACAUUGUUGUCCAUGAAAGGUACUGCUUUAGGAUACCAGAUGAUUAUCCUUCGGCCUUAGCAGCACCUCUGCUAUGUGCUGGAAUUACUGUUUACAAUCCCAUGAUGCGACAUGGGAUGAACCAACCUGGUAAAUCUCUAGGAGUGAUUGGGCUAGGUGGUCUUGGUCACAUGGCAGUGAAGUUUGGGAAGGCUUUUGGACUGAAAGUAACUGUUUUUAGCACAAGCAUUUCCAAGAAAGAAGAAGCCUUGAGGGUGCUUGGUGCAGACAAUUUUGUUGUCUCAUCUGACCAAGACCAGAUGAAGGCACUCUCUAAAUCACUUGACUUUAUAGUUGACACAGCAUCUGGUGAUCACCCAUUUGAUCUAUACAUCUCACUUUUGAAAACAGCUGGGGUUCUUGUCCUCGUGGGGUUUCCAAGUGAAGUCAAAUUCAGUCCUGCAACUCUCAACCGGGGUAUGAGAACUGUGUCUGGUAGCAUUACAGGUGGUACGAAAAUGAUACAAGAAAUGCUGGACUUUUGUGCUGCUCAUAAAGUUUACCCCAAGGUAGAAAUAAUCCCUAUUGAGUAUGCAAAUAAAGCUCUUGAAAGGGUAGUAAAGAGAGAUGUGAAGUACCGGUUUGUGAUAGAUAUUGAGAACUCCUUGAAGUGACUAUGGAAAGCAAAGAGGAAUAUCUCUGCUCAAAUAAUAAAAGGGUAGUUGAUCGGAAAAUUCUUCAUGGAUCUCGCUGGCGAUUAAACUUUGGUGGUCUUGUAUCAUAUAUAACUGCUUAAGUUAAAAACCUGGCUUUCUAUGUUGAAGAAAAUAGUCUGUAAAGAAUUUGGUCAAAAGAAGUCCUGGUGAUUGAACUUAGCAUCAAAUGUUCAAAUAGCUACUUUCCUCUUUUCUGUGUUUAAAAUAUUAGGCAAAUAAAUAAAUUGGCCAGCAUUACUGAAAA